AUGGAUCAGACUCAGCUCGGAGACGAAGUCCCUCCAUUUGAGCCCAGUACCUGUGGGAGUCCUGAGGACCCCAGCUUGAGACAUAAUUCAGAUGAUCCCAGUCCUCAGCCCAUCCUUCAGCCUCAAACAGAACUGGACUCCAUAUUUAUGCUGCUUGAGGAAAACCUUUCAAACUUCAUGAAAAAAGAACUCCACAGAUUUAAGAUGAUGCUGGAUCCAGACUGCCACGAGGCUUCAGAGACUCAAAGUGAGGACAAAGAAACAUUGGACGGUGAUGAUGAAGAGCAGAGGAAGAGCAGAAGUGACUCAUUUCUGAAGAUCACGUUGCAGUUCCUGAGGAUGAUGAGGAGAGAAGAUCUGGCAGACAGUUUAUGGAACAGAACUCAUGCUGCAGAGAACACACCAAAGUUUAAGUCAAACUUGGCAAAGACCUUCCAGUGUGUGUUUGAGAGGAACGUUAAUCCAUCGGAUCUGGACCAGAUCUACACAGAUCUAUACAUCACUGGAGGGGAAACCAGAGAGCUCAGCAAUAAACAUGAAGUACGACAAAUUCCAACAGCUUCCAGGAAGCCGUACAAACCAGAAACAACCAUCAGAUGUGAAGACAUCUUUAAACCCCAACUGGGAAGAGACAGACCAAUCAGAACACUGAUGACAAAGGGAAUAGCUGGCAUCGGGAAAACUGUCCUAACUCAGAAGUUCACUCUGGACUGGGCUGAAGACAGAACCAAUCAGGACAUCCACUUCCUGUUUCCCUUUACCUUCAGAGAGCUGAAUGUGCUGAAAGAGACAAAGUUCAGCUUGGUGGAACUUGUUCAUCACUUCUUCUCUGAAACCAAAGGAACAUUCAGGUUUGAUGAGUUCCAGGUUCUGUUCAUCUUUGAUGGUCUGGAUGAGUGUCGACUUCCUCUGGACUUCCACAGGAACCAGGUCCUGACUGAUGUCACAGAGUCCACCUCAGUGGAUGUUCUGCUGACCAACCUAAUCAGGGGGAACCUGCUUCCCUCUGCUCGCCUCUGGAUAACCACAAGACCUUCAGCAGCCAAUCAGAUCCCUGCUGAGUGUGUUGACCUGGUGACAGAGGUCAGAGGGUUCACCGACCCACAGAAGGAGGAGUACUUCAGGAAGAGGUUCACGGAUAAGAAGGUAGCCAGCCGGAUUGUCUCCUACAUCAAGACCUCCCAAAACCUGGGCACAAUGUCACACAUCCCCAUCUUCUGCUGGAUCAAUGCAACGGUUCUGGAGGAUCUGUUGAAAACCAAAAAUGAACCAGAGCUACCCACAACCCUGACUGAGAUGUACAUCCACUUUCUGGUGGUUCAGACCAAAGCAAAGCAGGUCAAGUAUUACGGAGGAGCAGAGACAGACUCACAGUGGAGUCCAGAGACCAGGAAGGUGAUCGGGUCUUUAGGAAAACUGGCCUUUGAUCAGCUGCAGAAAGGAAACCUGAUCUUCUAUGAAUCAGACCUGGCAGAGUGUGGUAUUGAUGUCAGAGACGCCUCAGUUUAUUCAGGAGUCUUCACUCAGAUCUUUAGAGAGGAGAGAGGACUGUACCAGGACAAAGUGUUCUGCUUCGUCCAUCUGAGUGUCCAGGAGUUUCUGGCUGCUCUUCAUGUCCACCUGACCUUCGUCACCUCUGGAGUCAACCUGCUGGAAGAACAACAACCACCACCAAAGGUGUCCAAAGUCUUUAAAAAUAAACAUAAAAUCAAAAAUCUCCACUACAGUGCUGUGGACAAAGCUUUAUUGAGCCCAAACUGUCAUCUGGACUUGUUCCUUCGCUUCCUCCUGGGUCUUUCUAUGCCAGCCAAUCAGAGUCUUCUACGAGGCAUGCUGACACAAACAGGAAAUGGCUCUCAGACCAACAGGGAAACAGUUGAGUACAUUAAGAAUAAAAUCACAGAGAACCUAUCUGAGGAGAGAAGCAUCAACCUGUUCCACUGUCUGAAGGAAUUGAAUGAUGGUUCUCUGGUGGAGGAGGUCCAACAGUUCCUGAGGUCAGGUCUUUCCACAGAUGACCUGUCUCCUGCUCACUGGGCAGCUCUGGUCUUCAUCUUAAUGUCAUCAGAAGAAGAUCUGGAUGUGUUUGACCUGAAAAAGUACUCUGCCUCAGAGGAGGCUCUCCUGAUGCUGCUGCCGGUGGUCAAAUCCUCCAACAGAUCUCUGUUGAGUGACUGCAACCUCACCAAGAGAAGCUCCAAAGCUUUGUCCUCAGUACUUUCCUCACAGUCUUACAGUUUGAGAGAACUGGACCUCAGUAACAACAACCUGACAGAUAUGGGUGUGACCCUGUUGUGUCCUGGACUACAGAGUUCACAAUGUAAACUGGAAACUCUCAGGUUGAAUGGAUGUGACCUCUCCCAGGAAAGCUGUGAAACUCUUUCUUUAAUCCUUGGCUAUCAGAGCUGCAGUCUGAGGAAGCUUUACCUGAACAACAACAACCUGCAGGAUACCGGCGUGAAGCUGCUUUCUGUUGGACUGAAUAGUCCUCACUGCAAACUGGACACUAUCAGCAUGCAGGCCUGCAACCUUUCAGUGCAAAGCUGUAAGACUCUGGGCUCAGUUCUAGGCUUCCAAACCUCCAGUCUCAGAAAACUGAACCUGACUAACAACAACCUGGGGGACCCAGGAGUAAAGCUGUUAUCUUUAGGACUGGAGAGUCCACAAUGUAAAAUAGAGACUGUUGUGCUGUGUGGGUGUAAUCUCUCAGAAAGAAGCUGUGAAGCCCUGUCUUCAGCCCUGAGGUCUCAGAACUGCAGUCUGAGAGAACUGGACCUGAGUGACAACAACUUGAUGGACUCUGGAGUAAAACGUCUGUCGACUGGACUGGAAAGUACAUGUUGUAAACUGGAGACCCUCAGGCUGUCAGGCUGUCUGAUCACAGAAGAAGGUUGCGCUUCUCUGGCAUCAGCUCUGGGUUCCAAUCCAACCCACCUCAGAGAGCUGGACAUGAGCUACAACCACCCUGGACUCUUGGGAGAGAAGAUGCUGUCUUCUGAACUGAAAGAUCCACACUGGAGACUGGAAACUCUCAGGCUAGAUGGUGGUGGAGAGCACAGGUUGAUAUCUGACAUCAGUAAAUAUUUCUGUGAACUUAAAGUGGACACCAACUCAAUGCACAAAAGGCUGAAGCUGUUCGACAACAACAUGAAGAUGACAGUGAUGGAGGUGGAGCAGCAGUAUUCGGAUCACCCUGACCGAUUUGAAAUGUGCUGGCAGCUGAUGUGUAGGAACAGUGUGAGUGGUCGCUGCUACUGGGAGGUGGAGUGGAGUGGAGGAGUUCUCAUUUCACUGAGCUACAGAGGAAUCAGUCGGAAAAGAAAGAGCCAUGAGUCCAGGUUCACGGAUAAGAAGGUAGCCAGCCGGAUUGUCUCCUACAUCAAGACCUCCCAAAACCUGGGCACAAUGUCACACAUCCCCAUCUUCUGCUGGAUCAAUGCAACGGUUCUGGAGGAUCUGUUGAAAACCAAAAAUGAACCAGAGCUACCCACAACCCUGACUGAGAUGUACAUCCACUUUCUGGUGGUUCAGACCAAAGCAAAGCAGGUCAAGUAUUACGGAGGAGCAGAGACAGACUCACAGUGGAGUCCAGAGACCAGGAAGGUGAUCGGGUCUUUAGGAAAACUGGCCUUUGAUCAGCUGCAGAAAGGAAACCUGAUCUUCUAUGAAUCAGACCUGGCAGAGUGUGGUAUUGAUGUCAGAGACGCCUCAGUUUAUUCAGGAGUCUUCACUCAGAUCUUUAGAGAGGAGAGAGGACUGUACCAGGACAAAGUGUUCUGCUUCGUCCAUCUGAGUGUCCAGGAGUUUCUGGCUGCUCUUCAUGUCCACCUGACCUUCGUCACCUCUGGAGUCAACCUGCUGGAAGAACAACAACCACCACCAAAGGUGUCCAAAGUCUUUAAAAAUAAACAUAAAAUCAAAAAUCUCCACUACAGUGCUGUGGACAAAGCUUUAUUGAGCCCAAACUGUCAUCUGGACUUGUUCCUUCGCUUCCUCCUGGGUCUUUCUAUGCCAGCCAAUCAGAGUCUUCUACGAGGCAUGCUGACACAAACAGGAAAUGGCUCUCAGACCAACAGGGAAACAGUUGAGUACAUUAAGAAUAAAAUCACAGAGAACCUAUCUGAGGAGAGAAGCAUCAACCUGUUCCACUGUCUGAAGGAAUUGAAUGAUGGUUCUCUGGUGGAGGAGGUCCAACAGUUCCUGAGGUCAGGUCUUUCCACAGAUGACCUGUCUCCUGCUCACUGGGCAGCUCUGGUCUUCAUCUUAAUGUCAUCAGAAGAAGAUCUGGAUGUGUUUGACCUGAAAAAGUACUCUGCCUCAGAGGAGGCUCUCCUGAUGCUGCUGCCGGUGGUCAAAUCCUCCAACAGAUCUCUGUUGAGUGACUGCAACCUCACCAAGAGAAGCUCCAAAGCUUUGUCCUCAGUACUUUCCUCACAGUCUUACAGUUUGAGAGAACUGGACCUCAGUAACAACAACCUGACAGAUAUGGGUGUGACCCUGUUGUGUCCUGGACUACAGAGUUCACAAUGUAAACUGGAAACUCUCAGGUUGAAUGGAUGUGACCUCUCCCAGGAAAGCUGUGAAACUCUUUCUUUAAUCCUUGGCUAUCAGAGCUGCAGUCUGAGGAAGCUUUACCUGAACAACAACAACCUGCAGGAUACCGGCGUGAAGCUGCUUUCUGUUGGACUGAAUAGUCCUCACUGCAAACUGGACACUAUCAGCAUGCAGGCCUGCAACCUUUCAGUGCAAAGCUGUAAGACUCUGGGCUCAGUUCUAGGCUUCCAAACCUCCAGUCUCAGAAAACUGAACCUGACUAACAACAACCUGGGGGACCCAGGAGUAAAGCUGUUAUCUUUAGGACUGGAGAGUCCACAAUGUAAAAUAGAGACUGUUGUGCUGUGUGGGUGUAAUCUCUCAGAAAGAAGCUGUGAAGCCCUGUCUUCAGCCCUGAGGUCUCAGAACUGCAGUCUGAGAGAACUGGACCUGAGUGACAACAACUUGAUGGACUCUGGAGUAAAACGUCUGUCGACUGGACUGGAAAGUACAUGUUGUAAACUGGAGACCCUCAGGCUGUCAGGCUGUCUGAUCACAGAAGAAGGUUGCGCUUCUCUGGCAUCAGCUCUGGGUUCCAAUCCAACCCACCUCAGAGAGCUGGACAUGAGCUACAACCACCCUGGACUCUUGGGAGAGAAGAUGCUGUCUUCUGAACUGAAAGAUCCACACUGGAGACUGGAAACUCUCAGGCUAGAUGGUGGUGGAGAGCACAGGUUGAUAUCUGACAUCAGUAAAUAUUUCUGUGAACUUAAAGUGGACACCAACUCAAUGCACAAAAGGCUGAAGCUGUUCGACAACAACAUGAAGAUGACAGUGAUGGAGGUGGAGCAGCAGUAUUCGGAUCACCCUGACCGAUUUGAAAUGUGCUGGCAGCUGAUGUGUAGGAACAGUGUGAGUGGUCGCUGCUACUGGGAGGUGGAGUGGAGUGGAGGAGUUCUCAUUUCACUGAGCUACAGAGGAAUCAGUCGGAAAAGAAAGAGCCAUGAGUCCAGGUUUGGAAGGAACGAACAGUCCUGGUGUUUGGAGUGUUCUGAUGUAUUCGGUUUCUCUGCCUGGCACAUUAACAGAGAAACAUCUAUCUCCUCCACAUCCAUCUCCAACAGAGUAGCAGUGUACUUGGACUAUCCUGCUGGGACUCUGUCCUUCUACGGAGUCUCCUCAGACACAUUGAUACACCUCCACAGCUUUAAUACAUCAUUUACCGAACCCGUCUACCCAAGUUUUGGUUUCUGGUCUGGUUCCUCAGUGUCCCUGUGUUCUCUGUAG